ACCCUUUGACCAAUGACGCUGCCAAUAACACCCUUUCUCUUCUGUAGAAACGGAAGUAAACAAUGACAAGGAACAAUUUUCACGUUAGCGUUUUAUAUUUAGACGUUUAUUAACACCAUGGAACUCAAAAUAUGACUCAUUUAACUGCACAGCAUCACAUACAUACUCCAUGUAGUCUUUAAUUCGCGUUGGAGACAGGACUUGGUUGAUAGAUGUUAUCUAGGUAACGCUAGCUAGCGAACAAUGGCUAACGUUAACUGUAUGGUUUUUAACGCUCAAAUAGCCUCCAUCAUGGAGGUGCUAGCAAAUGCAGCCGUGGCAGAGAUCUGUAAACUCGUAGACGACGACUAUGCAGUGUUUCGGUUGGAAAUAACUCAAAGCCAGAAAGAAAACAGGUCAUUGCGGAGGAAGCUACAGCUACUGGAACUGAAGGUGGCACGGGAGCGCGUCUGCGCCAGUCGUCCCAGUAGUGUCAAGAUCCCUGACCGAUACAGAGGAAUGGCAAGAGGUGAAGGACAUCUCACUGGAGGCCACAGGAGCUUUGUGAAGCUAGCGGGCCACAAUACAUGGCGAGAUGACCAACCAAUCACUGUUGAUGAGGGGAGUGGAACCUCAACCCAGCACGUUAUUGUGAUAGAGUCUGCAGAUGCAGAGGCUGCAGGUCCUGGGGUCAAGCAGGAGAGGACUGAAGGAGAGGACCCACGACACAGCACAGACAUCCAGACUGGAGCAGCGGCUGGAGUGGCGCCCCCUGUAGCCACGGAAGAACUCUCAACUGCUUCCACGCUCCAGUCCAGGACCCGAUGCAGCAUUAAGGAGGCCAGUAGAACGCCCAACGCCAUCCUCAAGUCCGAGACAGUCACAGAAACACAAAGGCUCUUACAGACAGAAUCUGACCACAGAUCAGACCCAGAGAGAUUGGAGCUGGGGCCACUGGGCUGUCCUGCUCUCGACUCAGAAUAUUUACUAGACGGUAACCCAAGCCCGAGGACGGUUCAUUCCCAUCGGGACUCUGGUGAUGUGUUAGGAACUGGUACUGAUCCGUCAUGUUCUUACACUACAGAGAUGGACCCUGACAACAUGCCUUUGGGUUUAGAGACACAGACUGAUCUAUCUAGAGGGGACUGGAACCGGUACAGUAGUAGUGUAUACUCUGAAGGGUGCCAAGAUAAGAAAGGGGAGGUUAUAGUCAUAGAUAAAGUGAAAGUGGAGGGCGAUGCUCCUCCCACAUGGAAUGUAGACGAGACUCACUUAGGGGAAGGACACUCACAAGGCAGAGAUUUUUUAGAUUACAGGGAAAGCUUAGAGACAAAUACAAAUAUCACGACCCACUCCCCUUUGCACGCGCUCAGGGAUCGUGAGCCAGUGUCCACGUCGAUGGGUCCAUCCGAUUCACACGGCCGCAUCCUUUUCCAUCAGGUAUUUAACUCAAACGACCAGGCUAGAGCCCAGCCUCAGGGAGGGGGAGCCACAUCAGGCAGUAGUAAAGAGAAACGGUUCUUCUGCAUGUUCUGUAGCAAAGGCUUCAGCUGCCCCCAGAAGGUGGAGAUCCACCAGAGGGUCCACACAGGGGUAAAACCCUUCAGCUGUACCCAGUGUCACAUGCGCUUUGCCCAGGCUUGCAACCUGAAGAGGCACCAGAGGGUCCACACAGGGGUGAAACCCUUCAGCUGUACCCAGUGUCACAUGCGCUUCUCACACUCAUCAAGCCUGAAGAGGCACCAGACGGUCCACACAGGGGAGAAAUCCUACAGUUGCCCCCAGUGUGAGAAGAGGUUUUCCCACCAGCACCAGCUGAAGAUGCACCUGAAGGUCCACAUGGGAGAAAAGCAGUUUGUCUGUGCGCAAGAGGAUCUCAGAGAGGAGCUUCCUCAGGAUACACCAGCAGAAAAACCAUUCCACUCUAUAGCAUAGACCAGACAUUAGUAACAUAAGACACACCAAGCAAUUUGAUAAAAUGGAGUAAAUCAGUGAACUUGCAUUUGUUUUGAAAUUGCAUUGGUUUUCCAUAAAUGGCUAUUUAUUCAUUGUG